AGACCAUGCCUCACUUUCACUUUCAUCAAGCUUUGAAAACAUGACUGCGAACAAACGCAGAGAGGAUGUGUGGUUCGAAAACAGGCAGCACUGCCAACAUUGUUGGACUACAAUAGAAAAUCAAGAAGAGGAGUGGACUCAUUCCCUUUCUGACCACCUUUGGGUUUUGUGUUCAACUAUUCUUUUUAUUUCUCUCACCAUAGAAUAACUGGGAAUAAUGUUUUUCCAUUUUAUUCUUCUGGUUGUUUCUUUGAUGGGUUUUCUGUCUGACGUCUGUAUGUCCAGUUGUGAUGAAAACUGUGCAGAAAAACCCGUAUUCAGUCCAUCCAGACUGGUGGUGAUGUUUGGUGACCCAUCCUCUACCAUGUGCACCGUCUGUGAGCGAUGCACGACUGCAUUUGGUUUGGAAAAAUCUAUUGGAAAAAACACAGCAAACGAAACCAGAAUUACAUGGCAGGCUGAAAAUGUGACUGAAUGGGAAAUACCUCUCUUGUGUUACUAUGAAAAGUAUAUGGAUGAAUCUAAUCCGAAAUUUCCCCAGUGUUGUAGCAAGCUGCCUGUAACUGUCUACAAGCCUCCAGAUUCAGCUACAUCGGAUACAUUAUAGCGGCGAUUGUAUGUGCUUUGGCCGUCCUCGUGGUGGUAGUGGUAUACAUCUGUUACAGAAGGAACCGAACGACACAGUACAACCUGAGGGGUAUUUUCUGUUGUGACACAGGACGCUCUGCUGAGCCCACUGUGGUGUAAGUCUGUGUUAAAGCAUCAAAUGUGUAUGAAACUGUUAAAAUAAUGUACUGUAAUGUAGUUGUUACAUCAAGUUUUAUAACCUAUGCUAAGGUAGUUUAUAUGCUGUUAUAUAGGUUGUGUAGUAAAGUACAAAGCGUUUGUUAUUUUUCGUUUCUCACAUUAUAAAUAUUUAAUGGAAACAUUAAACAUGUAAGCAAUUGUCACACAUAGUUUUAUCUAUAACAAUGCAUCUAAGCAUGUAUAUUUUGUAUAAAAUCUUAAUCUGUAAAGUAGUAAAUGAAUUGUAGAGGAGUAGAAGUAAAAUAGUAUUAAACGAAAGAAAGAAAUACUUAAAUACCACAAAUUUGUAUACAGUAUUUGAAUAAAUCAUAGUUUUGUAUUGUUUAAAAAUGUGUAAAUCAACUAGUGUUUAGUUUCAGUUUUAGUUUUAGGGUUUUUAUGGAAAUAAAAUAAAGUAUAAGAAGAAGAUGUAAGAAGUUUAGAAUAGGUAUUACAAUAUGAACACACAAACAUAUGCACUAAUGCCUCCUCAUGCUUGUUGUGUUGACAAAUUUGCCCAAACUGACCGACUAAAGAAAUUUCCUGCAUAUUCUUAUUUUAUUUUAGUACAUUUUGUAAAUACACAAUAUUGUUUAAGUUAGUAUUUGUUUAAUUCUUAUUUUUGUUUCAGUUUACUAAAAUGUUUUUCAUAACUAUGACUGGGUGGAACAAUGGCCUGACAAAUUUCCAGUUGUUGUUUGUUUAUCUCUUACUUCUCCAAGUUCCUCCUUUAGACGACACUUAGGUUAGGUGGAAACUGUAAAUACUUUUCUUUCCUUGUAAAUAUUUCAUGACGAUUCACAUGAACAAGACAAUUGUAUUAUCAGGAUGAUAUCACCCAUCAGUGAUAAAACUUUAGUAUUGCAUUAAAGGGUUUUAAGUGAAAAUAUGAUGUAUGUGCACAUUAGUUACUGUAUGCCUGUAGUGUGGUUCUGAAUCAUUUUAUUAUUUAUUAUUUUAAUGAAUUUCUGAUGUACAUGACAUAACAUACCAAAAAACACAAUUAUGGCAACAACAUUUAUUAGGACUUUUUAAACAGUGUUUUUAGCUGCGUGGCUCUGGGAAUGUCUGUAGGUCAAAAUAUGUCAACAACUACUGGAUUGAUUACAAUGGAAUUUGGUGCAGAUAUUCAUAAUUUCCAAUGAACGCCAUCGUGACGGUGAAAUAUCUCAACAUCUGCUCGAUGGAUUAGCACAAAAUUUGGUGCAAACAUUUAUGUCCGCCUCAGAAUUAGCUGUAAGGGCUAAUUGUGACAAUCCUCUAACUUUUCAUCUAGCAUCACCAUCUAUUAAUGCCAAAUACCUGCAAAACUAAUGACAUUCCCAUCAGCCUCAGCUGUACUUUCUGUCGCUAAUUAAUGAACAAAUGUCAUCACACGGCGGCUGUGGCUCAGAGGCUGUGGCUCAGAGGCAGUCGUCCCCCAAUCGGAAGGUUGUUGGUUCGAUCCCCGGCUCCU